AAAGUAUCGUGGCGUGAUGGCUAAAUCUCACAAAGCCAUGAGUGAUGGGGAAUGGCUGGCACGUCUGCAGAAGUUUGCCAGUUCAGGAGUGUGGCCGUCUGGUGAGGGCAACAGACCUGCCCCUAGACAGAAGAGGUGGCAUGAACUGUACCUUAAGAUAGAAAAGUGUCCUCUUCAGUCCAGGGGUCAGGUCACUCUCUGGCUGAAGUCUCCCACCUGCUCGUGUGGAUUUCACAAGGGUCAUCCACCAGCCAACCCACCCACCAGCCAGUCAUACACCAGAGAGGACACUGUUACAGUCCAAGGAAGUGCAGUGGACACCAGCGCUGUGGGCACUGUUGUACGGCCAAAGAUGACACUGUCGAUGUUUGAAAAGUCGAGGUUUGGAGGCUCUCACGUUGCGUCAGCCAAACCUAAUGUAAACGUGCAACGCAAACCCACUCAGGCUCCUCCUAGUCCAUCUCCAUCUAAAUCCACAUCGGCAGCCGUCAACCCUCAACCCUCUCCAGCUCUCCGGCCCAUCAUCCAACCCUCCUCUUCCUUCUUACUUCCACCAGCAACAGAAACCUCAUCUGCAGGCCCUGAUCUGCCCUUGCUCUGGCCGCAGUCGAUGCCGAAGGAGGACCAUAAGUGGGUGGCUGAAGUCCUGUUUCGAGUAAAUGUGAAGGGGAAGAUGGAG